UUUAAUAUUCAUAUACUUUGAUACACAUAUAUAUUCUAGUGACAUUCUUUAUGAAAUUCACAAAACAAUACCCAAUAAUGAAUGCAUGUUUAUGGCAAAUAUUUAUUAAUAAAUAAGUAAUGAAAUGCCCCUGCCCACAGCCUUAACGUUGUUGUCAAGGGGCGUGGCUUGUGGUGACCAUAGCAACAGACCUUAGUGUGUCUGGUCACACAGAGCAGCAAGCUGACGAUGUGAUUUUCUUCAGUUAAAGGUGCAUUAGAAACUGGAUGCUAUCAACUGACCAGAAUUCUUUAAGUCAUCUGUUACAGAAGAGGAUCCAGAGGUGACCAGACAACUCAAUCCAGGACAAAAGACAUGGCCAGCUGUGAUGACAGAAAAUGGGACCCGUAUGAGACCUCGCAGAAAAGGGAUUUUGUCAGCAGACCAAGUUCACCGAGUCCAGUUUUACGACCACCUACAUCCAGGACCUACAGAAAUCCAUCCAUGGCUGAUCCCAUUGGUGUAACUGCAUAUAGUGAAGACUUUUGCUGGAAACCUUCAUCUAAGCCUGAGUGUAUCCGGACCGGCACAGCCUCUGGCAACAGGAGAAACAACCCACACCCAAGCCAGGGUUUUAUGGUAUGGAGGGUUCCCCCUGGACUGAAACUUUGUGAAAACCCCCCACCUGAGGAUGAAGUCAAAAAUGCUCUGUCUGCUCAGUACACAUCAACAUACAGAACUGACUUUUUGGGCAUCCCUCAAGGGAUCAUGAUGAACCGUAGAGUCCUAGAUCCUGUUCAGUCAAUUCCUAAGGUCCCUCAGUGCAUCCAGACUGAGAUGAGAUACAACUAUCGUAAGCCUGUUCAGAGACCUGAAUUUCAGGGAAAUAUAUCCCGCCAUGAGGCACCAAAGGGGAUAGUCCCUACAGUAGUUGCGAAGCAUAUCACUAACCAGGAAAGCACGAAGCCCUUGACCACCUACGACAGGCAUUUUGGUGGUAAAUCCACAGACUUUGCUUCAGUGCUCAGUUCUCUCCAGCCUGAGGAACUCCAGAACUUCUACAAGCAUUUACCUGAAAAGAAAAAAAUGGUGGUGCAAAGCUUUUUGCAAAAAAACCCAAGUCCCCCUGGUCAAGGAAAGAAAAUAAUGGAGCCAGUGGCAUUCACGCAACCUCCUGCAGUGCUAGACAGGGUAUCCGUCUGGCCUGGGCCUCUGUGACCAAUUCCCAGGAUGUGCAUGUGUGUGCAAGAAAAAUAAUAAAUUGCUUCUAUUGCAA